AUGGUCCUGCACGAUGUAAGUGGAGGACAGCGGAUAUCAGCAGAGCCAGAGCGCAGGCUCGGGCAGGCUGGGGCUGUGGAAGCCCAAGAAUGUGUAGUAGCCACCCUGCAGAAGGAGCUGUCCACCAUCGAGUUCACUGAUAUCCCAGGAAGCUUCCAAGUCGUUUCUCUGAACUUGGGCAAGGACCAGUCUGGACGACCCACUGCCUCUGUGGCCCACUGCGACAACUCAUUUGGCCACAUCAGCAUUAACAUUUCCGGACCCCGAAGCUGGAUCCUGAACUUCUCCCGUGAAACAAUGGAAAUCUAUUUCAAAGAUAGCUUGGAACAAAAGAAAGAUGCCCUGGUACCCAGGACCCCUGGAACCAUCACCAUCAUCUCCCGAGAGCCCUGGGAGAGUUUCGCCAUCAAGUAUCUCUCCAUCCUACAGAGCUGGAUAUGGGUCACCUGGAUGAUUGAUCAGGUUGCUGGCAUUGACUACAGUCUAGUAGGAGCUCCCCAGGUGACCUCCCAAUGCCUGGACACUCCCUUCAAGGGUGAAUUCUUUGGCCGACGCUGGCACUCCCCAGUCCCCUUCAAUGCUCCGCCCGUUAGGCUGCCCCAGGAACAUGACGGCAUGAUCUACCUUGCAGUAUCUGAAUAUGUCUUCAACACGGCCAGUAGGGUUUACCACCAGGCUGGGCGCAUGAAGUUCAUCAUCCAAAAUGAGUAUAUCCCCCUGGACUCUGCGAUCUCCCUGAACACCCACUCACUCUGGGCCGUGAUUCCCCAGCUGGCCAAGUUCUACCCCAACAUGGAGCUAGAGCUUGAGAUAUCGUCUGAAUCAGCUCCAUUCCUGAUGUUCACCCCUGGGAAUGUGACCCUCACGCCCGUGAUGGACAUCCAGGCCUUCGCCCUCCCGCCCAACUCCUCUGACCGCAAGCCACUCUUCCAGCUCAGGGCAGGAACCAGCGUCUCUGCCACCAUCAGUGUGACCUCCAGCAGGAUUAUUGCUUCACUGACCUUGAGAAGUAAGCUGAAAUUGGAACUGAAACACUCCAACAUCGGUUUCAUCAAUGUGGAUUUGAUGGAAACCAUCCUCAAUUUCUAUGCGUUCCACGUCACCUAUCCCUCUCUCAGUGCAAAGCUUGAGGAGGGCUUCCCGCUCCCUCUGUCACAGGACACCUCCCUCACCAGCGUGGAGCUCCAAAUCCACAAGAACUUCUUGCUCUUAGGGGCCAACAUUGAUAAGGCUGAAGAUUGA